CUCGGAUUGCGAAAGUUGUUUGUAUUGGCGGGCACUUCGAAUGUUUGUUAGCUUGUUUUCGGUGAUGUGAUAAUACUUCAUCUCUAUAUUAUGGUACGCCGAUCUACAUAGAAGUACACUGGGCUUACAUGAGCUCAAGCGCAAUAUCAUCUAGCAGAAUUAAUGGAUGGUCGUUGCCAAUUCAUCCUUUACAAUGUCUAUCCUGGUUCGCUACUGUUAUGUUUUCAAUAAUCUACUUUGGAAUACUGAUUCCGUCAGUUGUCAAUUCGGGCAAAAUCACUCUUUCCAUUAUCAGUGCCUUGUGCAUUGUUGCUUAUAUUGUUUUCAAUAUAAUUGCAGUGAGUAUUAAUCCAGCUGAUACAGCUGUCCGGGAAAAACAGAAACUACAUGGAAAUAAAGUUUCUUCGCUAGAUCCGAAACAUGUACAUGUGAUUGAAAACUUUUAUUGUAAUUUGUGUGAGUUACCAAUCUCAAGCUCCCGAACAAAACACUGCAAAAGUUGUAACAAAUGUAUUGCUGAUUUCGACCAUCAUUGUAAAUGGCUUAAUAACUGUAUAGGUAGUCGCAAUUAUAUAUAUUUUGCUGGAAUACUCAUAAUGGCAUGUCUGUCACUCAGUAUAUCCACAAGUCUUUCUCUGUCCUUGGCUAUAGCAUAUUAUUCCGAUCGUCCAUAUGGAUAUUGGAUACAAGCAUAUCGGGAAUACUGGCAAACAUUCAGCAAUGGAUCCAUUGAACACUUAGAUCAUUUAAUAAUGAAUGAUGGAGUUUUCUGCAUACUUGGUUUAAGGUCAUCUGGAUUGGUUUUCUUUGUAGUCGUCGUUGUUGGAUGUUUAUUUACUUUUUGCAUUGAUGCUUUUUUGGUGCAUCUAAUAAUCUUUCAUGUAUACUUAUAUAUAAAAGGUAUGACAACGUAUGAAUUUAUUGUUUCACAACGUCAAAAAUCGAAUCCGUCUAAUGAAAAUCAAACAUCCAAUAAUAUAGCGCUAAAUAAAAAGAAGACUUUAUUCUAUAGUAUUAAUUACAUUGAUUUAUGUGAAAAAGAUGUUAUUGCUGAAAUGUCAUCACAGAAUCAAUCAAAUGGACCAAUUAAUACAAAUGAUAAAGUGAUUUUUUCUCUACAGUCCACUAGUACUUCAUCUGAUCAACCAAUUGUAACAGGUGAUUUAGCCAAUAAUGGGAGUAGCGUUUGUUCAGUUAGACCACAGAUUAUUUCCAAUAAUAAAAUAUGUUCACAUGGAAAAGAGUGUAUACCUUCAACUACAAUGUCUGAUUUUAAAUCAGAAAGUAUACAACAAGAUAAUCCGGUAUAUUUAUCGUCUCUAGGCGAAAAUUCUAAUAAACCUCUUGAUGUGAAUAAACACAAUGUAACACGGUUAGAUAGUGAUAGUCUACAAGAUUUGAGUAAUUCUAACACUAGCGGUGAUGAGACUCUUUGCGCAACAGUUAUCACGAAUAAAAUUGAGUUGAAUUCAGGUAAUCAAAGUGAUGGUGAUACUUCGUCUGAACAAAUCACACAAUCCAAUAGUACAGAAUCUACAAAUACACUUACAAAAGAGAGUGAGAGUUCAGUGAUAUCUAAAGUACCUCCAGUAUUAAAAAAGCCAUAGGUAGUGUUAUUUUCCUACAUACUUUUUAAAGCUUAUGUUAUAUACCAUUUCACCCGGAGACGAACUAUUAUCAUACUUUAAAAAAGCCCAUUAUUAAACAGUACUUCUAAAUUUACAUUGCAAAUUAGUUUUUCUAUCUGUUCAUAUAAACUUAUUUCAUAGUAACUGUCAUUGGUGAUAUUUGUUUAUUUAUUAGUUGGGAAUGAUUAUUAUUGUUAUUAUUUCAAUUGAUUUAUUUUGAUUUUGUAAAUUUAAUUUAAUUUUUGACUGAAUAAUCAUAUCUCUAUCCUCUUUUUUUCUUUAUUGAAAUUCUCAUUUCCCCAAUGUGUGUUUAUUUUUGUGUACAAACUAUUUUGUAAUUUCAUCUUUGUGUGUACGCAUCAGUUGUAUAUUCCUCACUUUGACAUAAUCAAGGUUAGGUAUUUUUAGGAAAGUGUAAAUUAAAUGAAAUAUAAUCAUUGAUGUUGUUGUUUUUAUGGUUGCAUUUUUAAACCGAAUCGCUUGCCUUCUGUAAUUUCUUACAUUAUUUCUUUCAAGUUAAAUUUAUCAACAAUCUUACUUUUCCAUUCAUCAUUUAGUUGUUAUUGUUGUUAUUAUUAUUAUUAUUUGAAGAAUUCAUAAAAUCUGUCAAUAUUGUACAUAAAUCUACAUGAUGAAAUAUAUUGUUUGUUUUUUC